AUGAAUAACUUGCCAGAACGGGAGUUUCACACCAUUGUUGCUGGUGGUGUAGCUCUUGCUGCUAAUGCCGGUUUCAUCAAUGUCGUCUCUAUGGCAGGUGUGACGGUCUCUCAUGUCACUGGAUCGGUUUCUCGGGUUGCUAUAUCGGCUGUUCAGCAAGACUGGGAAACAUUUCUUUUGGUCGUAUCUAUUAUUGUAUCAUUUACAUUUGGAUCGUUUAUGGCUGGAUUUAUAGUGGGCGACAACCGAUUCAAACUUGGUGCCAAUUACGGAAUAACACUGUCAUUUGCUUGCGGAUUACAAAACGCAAUGGUGACUUCUUACUCUGGGUUGGCUGUUCGCACAACACACAUGACAGGAAUCGCUACAGAUGUAGGAAAUAUCUUGGGUCAAGCGUGUCGAUCCGAUACCAAGGCCGAGUUAUGGCGUCUCAAGGUUCAUGUUCCUAUUCUUUUUGGGUUUAUUGCAGGUGGCAUGUGUGGUCAAAUCGCAUGGCUUUCUAUUCACGAAUAUGCUCUCCUUGUCCCGUGUAUAUUCACUGGUGGUGUUGCCGCUUUGUAUCUCACUUUACCGUUUAUCAAAGAUGCGGCAGAACAAAUUAAACACGCUCUUCCUCAUGAACUCCAUUUUAUGGACAACUAUGAAGGAGAUCCUCGGAAAUAUAAAGAGUAUCAUAAGGAGCAGUUGCUGAAGCAAGUAGAUCACUAUGCAAAAAUUACUGGCAAGAAUGUCGAUGAUGAAAUUCGAAGGUUUUUGAAUGAUAUGGUUGGAGACGAUGAAAUUGAAAUGGGAGUAUUAAAUAGCGUAUCCAUCAGCAGUACUGGAAAAAGAGAUAGCGGAUCAUCUAGACUGCUCAGUUCAAGACGUGGACAAUCUGCAUAUGGAGCAACAGAUGAAGAUGACGACUUACCUAAACAAAUAAAUAUUUAA